GGGAGAAAAUUCAAAGCGAUCGAACAUGAGUCGACCGGCGAUCCUACAGGUGAAAGACGUUUGUUACCCUGUUCUAGCGGUGUUUGGUUUACCCGCUAAUUUGUUAACAAUUAUUAUUCUGUCCCGGGGAAAAUGCGGUCUUUCCAAAUGCAUCUCUGCCUACAUGACGAUGAUGGCUGUGUCAGAUCUAUCGGUCAUUCUCAUCAAUGUCCUUGUCUAUGAGAUUUUAAUAUUCCGCCUGUCAAGUUCAUUUCUGCAGUAUACGGAAGUCCUUAAAGCAACGAUCUACGUGCUGGCGGUCACUCUGGAACUAUCACGAUGGUACACGGUGGCCUUCACCUGUGAUCGAUAUGUUGCCAUAUGUUGUCAGAAGUUUAAACCAAAAUACUGCAGAGUGAAGACAGCCAGAAUCCUAGCACCAGUAAUACUGGCGGUGCUUUGUUUGGAGAAUAUACCCCUCUUGUUUGCAUUUCAGCCUCAACGGAUAAUUGGAAAUAUUUCGUGGGGUGUUCUCCCGAAAUUGGACAUCUUCAACUCGCCAACGUUCGUCGCGCUCAGCAGAUUCAAAUCCUUUCAAAACCUGGUGUGUGUUUUUGGUUUAAUAAUUCUAUGUAAUGGGAUGACGGCCAGGCAUAUCUUGCUGGCCAGCAAAUCCCGGAGGGGCUUCCGAACCCAUAAGAGUAAGAUUGAACGUGACCCGGAAAUGGAAAACAGGAAAAAGGGCAUCAUAUUACUGUUCUGUGUAUCGGGCAGCUUCAUGCUAUUUUGGCUGCCAUCGGCAGUCACCGAUUUUAUCGCCAGCCUAACCAUGUAUUUUGAUCGCGACUAUUACUCUGCCCGAUAUAUCGCUGCUCAAACCGGGGUUCUGCUCACGAACAUGAGUUCCUGUACAAGCACGUGUAUUUAUGCAACCACCCAAACUAACUUCAGGGCAGAGUUGAAAACGUUGAUACUGUCUCCUUGGACGUUUAUCCGGGAAUUGAUCAAGACAAAUGUAAGAUCAUCUAAGGCUUUCUCCCCGAAGUAGAAAACAGUUCCAGCUCGCACACGUCUUACAACAGGCAACAUUUUGUAAAGGUUCCGCGCUUUCAGUUUGAUAGGAAAAUAAAACAUAUCAUUUAAAACAUCCCGAUGCUGAUAACUGAAAGUUUAUCAUUCGUAUAUGAUAAGAAUUAUCUCGAGGUAGGAAUAAAAUGUAUGAAUGUGUGGAAUGGGCCGGAUGGAACACAGUAUUGAAUUAGGACAAGCGUCAUUUCAAUGUUAAAGAAACCAGACUAUUUGCACCCAACACUGGAUCUCUGUAAAUCAGCAGAGAUCUACGGUCAAUAACACCCUUAUUCCAUAUUUCCCGAUCUGUCAAGCCGUAUCAUCUGAAUCAGUGAAAAAGAGGGGCAAAAACUUUUCGAAUACGGCACAACAGCCUCCAAAAACUUCAGCAGAUAUUGAGAAUAGAAAAUAUUCUUUCUCCGUAAUU